UGACGUGGAUUUUCAUUGGGGCAGUCACAAUUGCCAAAAACAGAGACACAUUCACAUCUCAGAGCUUUUAUACCAACUUUCUUCACAGAUACAACCGGAACACUCACAGUUUUUCUCCUCGUUUGUCAAACUCUGACAGUUUUUUUUCCCACGCAGCUUCCGUAGCAGAGUUUUCUACAAACAGCAGAAUGAGUAAAAACAGCAAAGUGUUGAACCUGAAGGAUAAAAUCAGUGGGAAUGAAGCGGACCUGAGUCUGUGUAACCUCACUGAGGUGCCAGUCAGAGAGCUGGCUUUAUUCACCAAAGCAACAGUUGUGGAUUUAUCUUGCAACAACAUCACCUCCCUUCCUCCAGAGUUCAGCAAACUGACCCACUUGGUGAAGGUGGAUCUGAGUAAAAACCAGCUGACCUGUUUGCCAGACGACCUGGGGAACCUGGUCAACCUUCAGCAUCUGGACCUGUACAACAACAAGCUGACGGUGCUGCCCGUCAGUUUCUCUCAGCUCAGGAGUCUGAAGUGGCUGGACCUGAAGGAUAACCCGCUGGAGCCCGGCCUGGCCAAGGCUGCGGGAGACUGUCUGGACGAGAAGCAGUGCAAACAGUGUGCAACCAAGGUUCUGCAGCACAUGAGAGCCCUUCAGGACGAAGCAGAUCAAGCACGAGAGAAACGGCUCCUCAGGGAAAAAGAGCUGGAGAAGAAGAAGGAGGCGAAGCAGAGGGAGCGGGAGGCCAGAGAGAAGGAGGCUCGCAAACGGGAGAAGGCGGAGGAGAAGGAGAAGAGGAGGAAAGAGUACAACGCUCAGAUGGCGGCUCUGGCUGCGCAGGAGCAGCGGAAGAAAAAGAACGAAGAGAAGAAGAAAAAGAACGGGCAGGCAGCAGGUGGGAAUAAAGGAGAUAAGAAGGUCGCCGUGGAGUCGGCGCCCAAACCUCGACGUUCUCUCAUCGGCCUGUUGUUCAAGCUCGUCCUCGUCUUGCUGCUGGGUCUGGUCGGAGUCGCCGCCGCCUGCCGGCUCACCGACCUGCGCAAGGAGAACGUCUGCGUGCCAGUCAACGUCGCCGUCGACGACGGCCUAUCCUGGGCCCGGGAGCAGGAGGGCGUGGUCAGACAGCUGGUGCAAAACCUGUCGUCUGCAGCGAAGGAGCUUCUUGAAUCCACGCAGACGUCCAAGACCUAAACACCUGUACUUCGAAGCUCACCCUCACCUGUGAAUCCUGGGAUGUUUUUUUUUUUUUUUUUUUUUUUUAAUAUUCAGAAAUUAUAUAAAUCUCACUAAAAUGUGCAAGCCCGCAUCCCGCAUGGUGCUUGCAGGUGAAACGUCUGUGCAGAAAGACAAAGGGGAAGUGGACGGAUGUGUUUAAAAUCAUCUUAAAUUCCUAUGGAAUUGUUGGCGCUCUCGUACCCUCUUUCUACUACAGCCUGUUUUUUUUUGUUUUGUUUUUUUUUUUUAAAAAAAGGAUCUUAAAUGUCUCCCCGGCGACCGCGUUUGGAGUGAAGGUUGGAUUUGAGACGUGUUCGUCGUUGAGCAGUCAGUGCCGCACUGGAGCGUCGAGCCAGUCUGAGCAUGUGCAGACUGAAUGUAAAGCCUUCUCCGUCUUUUUAGUCUCACAUCAGAGCUGCUAUGAGUGGAUUUGAUGAUAUAACAUUUGCGCUCGUAAUAAGACGCUAUAUAUAUAUAUAUAUAUGUCACACAAAUGCCAAAGAUCAGUGAGGUCAUUCUGUUUGUGCUCUUUAAUGGCCAACUAAAGAAUACAUCACACAAUGGUUUGUGUUGUCGUUAGGGCUGCAACUAACAAUUCAUUUGAUUAAUCUGAAUAAUCUCUGGAUUGAAUCAUUAAAUUCAGUUUGGGGAAAAACUCGAUGUCUUCUGAUUCAGUUUAUUUUGAUUUCUAGCAACAAAAAAUUAGCAAAAUCCUCCAAACAAUCCAAUUUGGGGAAAAGCUGCGACUGGCUCCACGUGACCUUUUACAUGAACAGAAUGAUAAACUGAUUUUAAAAAUGGAUUUGAAUAGAUUUUCAGCCUCUAAUACGCACCAACAGCCCGUUGAUUCUGCUGCUGCUGUGUUUCAAGAGUUUUCCUGUGUCCCUACAUUUCAUAAAGCCGGAAGUGAAACUCUGAAAUCUUUAGUGAUACUGUGCAGACUGUAAACAAAUAAGCUUUGGAAUUUUAAGUUUCAAGAGUCUUACCAGUCUCCGUGAAGGAAAAUUCCAAAACGCAGCAGUAACACAUGCAUUAUCUGAAAUGGUGUAGGUGAUGUGUUGGUAAAAGGAUCCUUAAGAAUCUUGCAGUGAUUACAGACACAGAGUUGAUAUUGAAAAUAUUGGUCCAGAUUGUGAAAUGCCUUUGUUUUUGCGACUUAUUUUCUUAAAAAGGUGCCACUUGUACAGCGCUGUGAAUGCUCAUCAGCACCAUUAAAUGGCUAUGCACUGCAAA